AUGUUUAUAAUCGAUCUAUCAACUUCAUCCGCCGAAUCGAUUUCGCUUUUCCGAUGCCUAAUACUUAGAAAACCGGAUUUUUUGACAGCUUUUCGACACCAAACUUUAUCCAGUUCACGCUGCGACCUUAGUAAGAAAGAAAAUCAUGACUGCGACAAAAAAAGCUCCGUCCCGUGUGUUAUCCCUACCUGCAAAGAUCUAUCUAAUUUUCUACAAUGCAACACAAUUUCUGGGGUGGUCCUUCGUAUUGUACAAGAUGGUAGACUUUGUCAUCAACCAGCAUUUGGAAGAAAAAAGUCUAUGGGAACAUGUGAAAAUUCCUCUACUUAUCUUUCAGUCUGGAGCCAUUCUUGAGGUUGUGCACUGUGCUUGUGGUAUCACUCCUAGCAACACAAUCAUUACCUUUGCUCAAGUCUAUUCUCGGGUUUUCCUUAUCUGGCCUAUUCUUUAUAAAGUGCCUGAUUCAAGGGACCAAAUAGGAUUUUCUCUUUUGUUAUUGGCUUGGACUGUCACUGAAGUCCUACGUUACCUUUAUUAUGUAUUGAACAUAAUUUCCUUUGUUCCAGGAUUUCUGCUGUGGUGCAGAUAUACAUUGUUUAUAAUUCUGUAUCCUGCCGGAAUUACUGGAGAACUGCUUUGUUGCUACCGUGCACUUCCACAUUAUAGCAAAACGCAAGAAUUUUCAACUUUAUUACCAAAUGCAUGGAAUUUCACUUUUAAUUUCUAUUACUACACCAUUCUUGUCAUGUUGGCUUACAUUCCAGUGUUUCCUCAGUUGUAUACCCAUAUGUUUGUGCAACGAAAGAAGAUCCUUGGCAACAAAAAACAUGACUAAUGAAGUCUUAGAAUUAGAACAUACACUUUUACUGUUACAUGCUGAAAGAAUGCUCAUUUUUAUUGUUAUGUUAGUAAAAAGAUACACUAGUUAUUCAUG